AUGGCGGAGCCGCGCAGGGUGCCGUUCAUUAGCCUGUCACCCGUGAGGCGGCGCGAGCUCGACUUCCCGGGGCCGGAGCGUGAACCUGAUUAUCCGCGGGAGCCCCCGCGCCUCGAGCCGCAGCCCUAUCGCGAGUCGUCCGGGCCGGAGCCGCCGGUGCCUAGAGACGCCCACCCUCGGUCGGAACCUCUGCGAGCGCAGCAGGAGAAGCCGCCCGCUCCGCCGCGCGAGGGCAGCCGGGCUGAGCAGCCGCCUCAGCCCCGCGAGCCCCCUCGGCCCGAGCCGCCGCCGCUGCCUCCCCCUCAGCUGCACCUCCCGCCACCGCCGCCGCCACCGCCGCAGCCGCCGCCGCCGCCCGCGGCCAGGGAAGCGGCCGUCCGGGCCGAGCCGCCGCGGCCCCCGGGGGAGACGGUGCGCCUGGAGCUGGUGCUGAAGGAUCCCACCGACGAAAGCUGCGUGGAGUUCAGUUAUCCGGAGCUGCUGCUGUGCGGAGAACAACGGAAGAAGUCCAAUCACUCAGAAGAUCUGUUUAAUGAUGAGCAUCGAGAGAGGCAUGAGGUGGAAAUGUUGGCUAAGAAGUUGGAAGCAAAAUAUGGUGUGAAAUCUAAACACCGGAAAGAUCGGCCACAAGAUCUAAUCGAUAUAGGUUUUGGCUAUGAUGAGACAGAUCCUUUCAUUGAUAACUCAGAGGCUUAUGAUGAAUUGGUGCCUGCUUCUCUAACCACAAAAUAUGGAGGAUUUUAUAUCAAUACGGGUACACUACAGUUCCGCCAAGCAUCAGAUACCGAAGAUGAAGAUUUUUCAGAGAAUCAAAAGCACAGGUCACCUAAAGUUUCCAAAGUAAAAGAAGAUGAUGUUGGAAUAAAAAAACGAAAACGGAAAGAAGAAGGGGAAAAAGAGAAGAAGCCUAGGAAAAAAGUUCCCAAACAACUGGGAGUUGUGGCUUUAAAUUCACAUAAGUCUGAAAAAAAGAAGAAGAAGCUCUACAAAGAUCCCCUUUCUCUAGAUGCCAUGAUAAGGAAAUUUCAGAAAGAGAAAGAAGCAUUAAAAAAGAAAGAGUCUAACUCUAAAGCUCCAGUGACUAUGUUGACUACCACUCUCAGUAAAUCCCCUUCAUCUGCAGCUACAGCAAUGGGAAAUGAAGUCUCGGACUUAAAUCUUAAUAGUGCUGACCCAGUCCUUUCCAUUUUUGGUAGCACAAAUGAACAUGAACUACUUCAGGAGGCUGAAAAUGCCCUAGAGAUGCUUGGUGAUUUAGACUUUGAUCGGCUACUGGAUGCUACUUCCAAUGGUAGCCCUGUAUCUGAAUCAGGGGGAGAGAAUGGAAACACUCCCCAGCCAGCCCACACCUCUCAGGUUCUUUUACCCAAGGUGGUGCCUGCCCUCCCAGAAGGUCUCCCAAUACGCCUUGAAAAACGCAUUGAAGACCUCCGCAUAGCUGCCAAGCUUUUUGAUGAAGAAGGUAGGAAAAAAUUCUUCACACAGGAUAUGAACAACAUUCUACUGGACAUUGAAUUACAGUUACAGGAACAAAGCCCAGGCAUCCGAAGUGGAGUCUAUUCUCACCUUGAGGCUUUUGUACCAUGUAAUAAAGACACACUGGUAAAACGUCUAAAGAAGCUGCACCUCAAUGUUCAGGAUGAUCGUUUAAGAGAACCAUUGCAAAAACUGAAAUUGGCUGUCAGCAAUGUCAUGCCUGAACAGUUGUUCAAGUAUCAGGAGGACUGCCAGGCUCGAAGUCAAGCUAAGGGUGUUAGGUUGCAAGCAGAUGAAGAACGAGAAAAAAAUGGAUCCGAGGAUGAUGAUGAUGAUAAACCAGGAAAACGGGUCAUAGGACCAAGGAAAAAAUUCCACUGGGAUGAUACCAUUCGGGCUUUGUUAUGUAACCUUGUCAAGAUUAAGUUGGGAUGCUAUGAGCUAGAGACAAAUAAAAGCCAAUCUGCUGAGGAUUAUCUUAAGACCUUUAUGGAGACAGAAGUGAAACCAUUGUGGCCUAAGGGCUGGAUGCAGGCUAGAAUGCUCUUUAAGGAAAGCCGAAGUGUUCACAAUCAUCUCACUUCUGCCCCGGCAAAGAAAAAGGUAAUUCUGGCACCUAAACCCAAAGUGAAGGACUGCAGUCCAAAAAAGGACCAGAAAAUAUCUACAUCUUUAUUGUCUUCAGUUGGUGGUCCAUCAGUGAGCUCUAUUACUUCUGCUGUUGCCGCAACCAGCUCUAGCAGUACACCAGCCCAAGAAACUAUUUGCCUUGAUGAUUCACUAGAUGAAGACCUUUCUUUUCACCCACCUUCACUGGAUUCUGUUUCUGAGGCACUAGCUGUUAUCAAUAAUGGGACCAAGGGCCCUCCGGUUGGCUCUGGAAUAGGCAUACCAACUACAAGACCUCGACCAGGACUUCGGGAAGAAAAAUUAGCAAGUAUCAUGAGCAAGCUGCCACUGGCUACUCCAAAAAAAAUAGAGUCAGCUCAGACUGCACAUUCAUCAAGUCUUAUCGCUGGCCAUACAGGACCAGUACCAAAGAAACCCCAGGACUUAGCUCACACUGGCAUAUCUUCAGGCCUUAUUGCUGGUUCCUCAAUUCAAAACCCUAAAGUUUCCUUAGAACCUUUGCCAGCCAGGCUUCUUCAGCAAGGACUCCAACGGUCAAGCCAAAUCCAAGCAUCUUCCUCUUCACAGGCCCAUGCCUCUUCUUCCUCUUCCCAAGCCCAAGCUGCUGCCUCCUCUCAUGUUUUGGUGACUUCUUCAGAGGCCCAAGAAUCUUCCUCAGUAACACAAGUGACAAAGGUGCACCAGCAUUCUGCUGUCCAACAAAACUAUGUGUCCCCAUUACAAGCCACCAUUAGUAAAUCACAGACUAACCCAGUGGUGAAAUUAAGUAGUAAUCCCCAGCUUUCUUGUUCAUCCCCACUCAUCAAGACUUCAGAUAAACCACUUGUAUACCGCCUUCCUUUAUCUAACCCCUCGUCUGGAAGUGGCUCUCAAGGGUCCCAUCCACUGGUCUCUCGGACAGCACCUAGCACCUCUACCUCUAGUAACUAUUUAGCCAAGGCCAUGGUGUCACAAGUUUCCACCCAGGGUUUCAAGUCUCCUUUUUCUAUGGCUGCAUCCCCUAAACCUGCUGCAUCCCCUAAACCCGCUGCAUCUCCUAAGCCUGUAACAUCACCUAAACCCUCUGCUUCCCCUAAGCCCUCUGCCUCCCCUAAGCCCUCUGCCUCCCCCAAGCCCUCUGCUUCACCCAAACCUCCUGCUUCACCCAAACCCUCUAUUUCAACUAAACCUUCUAUGUCAACUAAACUUAUCAUAUCUAAAUCCAAUCCAACUUCCAAACCUGCCGUAUCCCCCAGUUCUUCCAAUUCGAGUGCACUAGUAGCCCAGAGUAGCCACUCUACCAGUAACAAUCCAAUCCAUAAACAGCCCAGUGGAGUAAAUAUCAGCAGACAGUCUCCUACCUUGAAUUUACUGCCCUCUAGUCGCACUUCAGGCCUUCAGUCUGCAAAAAAUCUUCAGGCCUCUUCCAAGUUAGCUAACCCAGCAUCCACUGGAACUGUUGGAAAGAAUAGCUUGAGUGGAAUCGUAAUGAAUGUACCUGCCAGCAGAAGUGGCAAUCUAAACUCAAGCGGAGCUAAUAGGACUACUCUGUCUGGGGGGACCGGAAGUGGAACACAGGGUGCUACUAAACAAUUGUCUGCUCCACAUAGACCAUCCACUGCCUCAGGGUCUUCAGUUGUAACAGCCAGUGUGCAGUCCACAGCAGGUGCAUCCUUAUUGGCUAAUGCCUCGCCUCUCACUCUCAUGACAUCACCACUGUCUGUAACAAAUCAAAAUGUGGCUCCUUUUGGGAUGUUGGGGGGCCUGGUUCCUGUCACCAUGCCCUUUCAGUUUCCUUUGGAGCUGCUUAGCUUUGGAACCGACACAGCUGGAGUGACAACCACCUCGGGAUCUACCUCAGCCGCUUUCCACCAUAGCCUAACUCAGAAUAUGCUGAAGGGUUUACAGCCAGGAGCUCAGCAUGCAACAUCACUUUCUCACUCACCUCUGCCUAGUCACCUACAGCAAGCUUACAAUGAUGGAGGCCAAAGUAAAGGGGACACUAAAUUACAACGGAAAACUCAAUGACUUCCCAGCUAACAAAGGAGUUGGAACACUUGAUUGGCUGAUGGGAUCUACCUGAUGGGAAAGUACUUAUGUGGUCACAGCGCUGCUGUUUCUGUCAAUGUUUACAUUCUCUAGUCCCAAGCACUGUGGUGAGGAGGAAAAGGAAAAGAAAAACAAUACUUGAUCAAAGCCAGGUGCAGGAGGAAGAAAGGCUUUUGUGCAGACUUAGAGACCUUGUUCUCUUCUACAAAAAGACAGAGUUACAAUGCUAACUGGCUUUAAAGUGAUUCAGUUGUCAAACCCACAGAAGUACAAACUUGAUUUUCCCCAGGGGAGGAAGAAGGAAUUUGAACAGAUUUGGGUGAAUUUCAUCCAUCCUGGGGGUUGGGGCCUGAGCACUCUGGGUGCAGAUAUAAUUUGAUAAUAAGAGAAAAUAUUUUAGUCGAAUAUGUCUGAAAUUAGACCAGCUUAUCAGGAGUAAUGAUCAUGUCUGCUUGAGUGGCCUAUGCAGCAAAUAAUAAAUUUGCCACAGAGAACCCGUUAACAAGUCCAGUGUCUGAUACAGAUAGUAGAUGAAUACUAUAUCCUCAGAAAUCCUGAUCAAACUUGAACCUUCUUUACUGAUGCAGGAUCUCCAGCAUGUAGCAAUCCCUCCAUGUAGAACAGUAUACAAGGUGGACUGAGGAUGCUGCAGGAAAGAGGAAUGAUGAUAAUCCCUCUCCAGAAACUUAUUUUAGCACAGUGAUAUGUAGUAUUAAAUCAUCUAGCUUUUUUAAAGAUAAUAAGAAAAUGGAGUCUCUUUUGCUCUUAUCAGAUCAAAUGUAAAGAUUUUCUCCUUUUAUCAAAGGGUCACUUUCCCCUUAGACACAGGUACUUAAUGAAUUUCGGCUGGUAUUUUAUUUGUCUGCUAUUAAUUGGUCAAUUCUUCAUUUCCACUCUUUUUAAAUAUAGUUACUGAUAUAUUUUUCUCUUCUGAAAGGUGGGAAACCCUCAGGGUCAAUGUUCCUGCUGUGGUAGUUUCAGUCUUUGCUAGUCUAGUAAUAUGACUUGUGACUCUCUUUAACCUAAAUUCCCAUUAGUUAACAGAUUCUUUUUUAUUUGGAUAGUGGUACUUCAGAUUAACUUUUGAUUUAGACAGUAAUCAGUGUAUUUAUGAUAUAAUGGUUCUUCAGUGGCCAUUUUGUGUGACAGUCAUAUUUUGAGCGUUUUAGGUCAGCAUUAAAAAAUUAAUUCAUGAUUCCUAAGAGAACAGUGGGGCUAGCAUCAUUAUAAAUAGUAAGGAAUUUUUGUGAAGAUUUUUACAACCCAUAUCUCCUGCCUAAAUCCUAAAUACCUAAAGUCUGUUGUCAUUGAUUAGAAGCAGUCAAGAUCCUAAAACCUCAUUAGCUAGAAGUUUUAACAGGAGAGUCAAUCUGAAGGGCUGAGAAUCCUCCACUGGUUCUGCUUCCAUAUGAACAUACCAGCAGUGGCACAGGAUUUUGAGUGGGCACAUGGAGGAAAGUAUGUGAUUUGUUUGGUUUGAUUUGGUUUUGGUUUGAGCUUUAAAAAACAAAUGUUGUUCUGUUUCCUUUGCUUGAAGUUUAGCUUUCUUAAAAGCCAUGUUUUUCGUAUCUUCAGCUGUGCUCAGAAGUAAAGGCUUUUGUAUUCAAUCCACUUGUAUAAUAAAUGACAGGCUAACCUAAAAUAAAAUCAAUUCAUUAAGCAUUAGAACACUGAGAAAAAGAUUUCCUACCUGUUAUUCAUGGGAAAUCAUGUCACACAGUUCAUUUAGGUUUAUGAGGGUACAUAUGCUAACCCAGAUCCUGAUUUUCCUUUAUACGAGAAAUUCCUUGUAGCCUAAAAAACUAUUAAAUUACCAACAUUUUUACCUGGAUAUUUUAUUUUAAAGUCAUAUAUUGACUUUACAUUGUGACAAAAGAACACCUUUUUAAACAUGUAACUGAAUAUUUGAGUUUUAAAAGCUUGAUCACAAUCUAGGGAAAAAGUUAAUUUAAACUUACUCAUUGAUAAAGCCUUUGUUUUACAAAGAAUUUGGAAGAAGUUGCUGAGAGGGACUCCAGGGCUAAAUUAAUAUGAAUUGAUUUAAGUUUUGGUUAAAUUUUCAUUAGAGAUAUUUUUCCACUACUUCAUUCAUUUUAGCAUUGUCAGCAUUUUGCUCACAUUCACUCAGACUUAGUGGAAAAUAUGAAAUCAGUUUAAAGAAUUUCUUUAUUUGCAUCUAUUUGAAUGAAUAUUAAUGAGAUUUUUGUUUUAAGGCUAGCUGUCUGUGGUGUGAAGGUUAGGACUUUUGGAGUGUUACUAAGCUUGCUACUUCUGUUAAUUGUGCCGUGAUAUGCUAAACUCCAUCACUUCAAAUUUCAUAGUAGAAACACUGUAGUAUUCAUACUUCUUGAAUUAACCAAUGGUACAUCAUGCCAUAUUGAUUUCUUUGAUGAAUUUCCUGUAUCUGCCUAACAAUAGGAUUAUUAAUUAUUUUCCCUAUUAUUUCAUACCCACUAAUAGAAGUAUCUGAAGGACUGAAAUAUCUGAAGAAUCCUUAUUUUUAAGGGUUCAUAAACAUUCAGGGUUCAUUUUCUUCAGCCUUUAAUCUCUAGGAUUCUUCUCAAAUCUUUGAUUUUUUAAAAAAUCAUUAUGAGUAACCUCACCAUAUACUCCGUUCUAUUUCCCCACCUUUUAAAAUAUUGUACAGAAUGAGUCAGAAGGCCAGUGCACACCUAGAUAUAAUAUAAUUAGAAAUUUCUGCCAAGAGAUAAACACAUUUUUAUAUUUAGAUUAUAGUGUUGGAAAUCACCCCCAUAUUCUUGUCAACGUACGUUUGUACAGUGUGUCAUACUUGGUAAGAUGUUCAGUUCAUUUGACUAUUUUCGGCACAGGAGCAUGGAGACUUGUGGAUCAUACUGUACUUUUGUACUUUAAACAAGGAUCAAAUUUUGUGAUUUUUAAAGAUGUUAAAUUAUUGGAAAGGACAUUUGUAGAUUCCACAGUUCUUUGAAAGGAAGAGUGUUUUUCUGUAAGAGUGAAAGCAACGCCCCAAUGCAAAAGGAGAGUUAGCACAUUUAACUGAAUCCCACUCAGCAGGGUUCUUGU